GGUAAUUGUUGCAGCCAUAGUUCUGUGUAUUAGUUAUUAAUUGUUCCAGUUACAAUAUUGUUUCAGCCACGGUAUUUAUUGUUCAGACCACAAUGUUGUUGCAGCCACUGGUGCCGUGACGGUCAUUCCUGAUGAUGGGGUCACGCCAACUGCCAGACGGGUGUCUGGAGCUGGCCUGGGUGUUCGGCUACAAUGGUCAAGCUGCCAGCAACAACGUUAAGGUCAAUAAGGAUGGUCACCUCGUGUACCACGUGGCCGCUCUAGGCGUUGUCCAUGAUGUUACCAAUACAAAACAGAGCUUCUAUACCGGUCAUAACAAUGACAUCACCAGUUGGCAGUGCAAUAGCAAAAGUAGUUGCAGUACUAUUAGUACUUUAGUAGAGGCAGUUGUAGCCCAUGUUUUACAACUACUUCUAGUUCCCGUGAAAUAUCCAUACCUGUAUAUGCCUUUCCCACUUAGUCAUUCUCUGACUCGCACUCAGGGCGGGGUACUGGUGACGGAGGUGUACCCUGGAGGACUGCUCUCUGGAGGUACUGACGGCAAUGUCACCCUCUUUGACAAGCAGCUCAACAAAGUCUCCACCGUCUCAGGAGCUCCGAGCCUAGUGUAUGGCGUGGCGGGACCCAUACAUUCCCUCACUGUCUUCAGGGAGAAGCUAAUAAUUGGAACGGAGAAGAACGAGGUGUGGAUGGGGAGUGUUGAGGGCGGGGUAGGAGCAGCAACAUGUGUGGUACAAGGACACAGCCUGGGAGAGGCCUGGGGCCUGGCCACACAUCCCACUAAGCCUGUGGCUGUCACCGCAUCAGACGACCGCACAGUCAGAUUGUGGGAAUUAGAUGAGAGACGACCCUUGGCUACCACAGUAUUGGAGAAGGCAGUACGAGCAGCUGCCUUCAGCCCAGAUGGUCAACAUGUAGCUGUUGGCCUCACGCAUGGCACCUUUGUCAUCUUUCAGGCAGAGCAGCUGAAGGAGGAGCACCGCAUCAGUGACCGCAAAGAAGUGCGACACGAUCUCAAGUACUCACCGUGUGGAGCCUUUCUCGCUGUUGCUUCUAAUGAUAACUUUGUGGACAUAUACAAGGUGGAGCCAGGGUAUGAGAGGUGCCAUGUGCUGCAGGGAGCCUCUUCCUUCAUCACACACCUUGACUGGUCUACAGAUUCCUGCUAUUUGCAGCUUAACUCUGGCGCACGAGAGAGACUUAUCUUCCAAGUUGAAAAGGAGAGUGUUGUUGGUGACAGCAGCAUAACUGAGGUGGAGUGGUCAUCAUGGACAUGUGUGCUAGGGGCGCAAGUAGCUGGUAUCUGGCCCAAGUAUUCAGACACCUCAGAUGUGAACGCCUGCCAUGCUAACAUGGAUCUGGGUGUUAUAGUCACUGCAGGUGAUGACGGCUUCCUCAGGCUCUUCAGAUUCCCUUGUGCUAAGAAAGACUCGAAAAGUGAGAGUUAUGUGGGUCACAGUGAACACGUGAGUAACGUACGGUGGAGCUGUGACUCUCGGUACGUGGUGUCCGUGGGAGGUGGUGAUCACGCACUCUGUCUCUGGAAGCUCAAGUCUCCACCAUACACUUCAACACACCCUCAACAAACAGUGAAACUUCCAUCUGCCUUGGGGAAACCUGAGCAGGAAGCCUUGGACACAGAUGGUGACCUGAAGACCAUCCCUCAACCUACUCAGAACCUGCCUGAUGAUCUACCUGGGAACACUGCCAUCUCAAGACAACGAGGAAAAAAUAAGAAUAGAGAUAGUUCUGCACUAGGAGUCAAAAUAGCUGAGGACUCGACUUUCGCCAAGCGUCGAAAUGCUAAGAGUGGAAAGUCACAGGAAAACACUCAGCCUGAGCAUAGUCUUCAUUUACACCAUGUAUUUGGAGUACGUGUCCAUGAAUGCCGGAACAAUGCCCACUGGCUCAAAAAUAGACAGGUGGUGUAUCACAUAGCUGCCAUAGGUGUAGUGUGUGACCCUAACACGACAGUUCAACGUCACUACCUACAACACACUGAUGACAUUCUCUGUCUUGAUGUUCACCCUGGGGGAGAAUUUGUUGCAUCUGGUCAGGUAGGACGAGAAGCCACUGUGCAUGUGUGGGAUGCAAGGGAGGUGUGCAUGAUAUCACUGUUAGAAGGUGGACACACAGUAGGCGUGGUGAGUGUGAACUUCAGUGGUGAUGGGGAUCUGCUAGCCUCACUGGGUCUUGAUGAUUACCACACUGUCGUCCUGUGGAACUGGCACAAAGGAUACAAGCUAGCUUCAGCUAGAGGCCACAGUGACAAAGUGUUUGGGGUGAGGUUCAGCCCCUCAGACAACAAUCAUCUUGUCACCUAUGGUGUUAAACAUGUUAAGUUCUGGACGCAGACAGAAGGUAGCCUCACAUACAAUCAGUUGGUGCUUGGACAGCAGUUCAAACAGAAUACAGUUCUGUGCAGCAGUGUGGGAGGGGGCAAGGGAGACACAGAGUGGUGGCUGCUGGGGCUGUCAUCAGGGGAUGUGCUGGUUGUCAGAGAUGCCAAAGUGGAGAGAACUAUUAAAGCUCAUAAAGGGCCAAUAUACACCAUACUUGUAACCCAUGAGAGCGUGUGGAUAGCUGGCCAAUGUGGAUAUGUCAGCAAGUGGGACACUGAGAUGAAGGAGUGUGUGAAAGUGUUCCCUGUGACAGACCACUUGCUUGAGGACACCAGCACUGUCAGUCUCAACUCUUCACAGCCAGGGCUGCGUAGCCUGUCUGCUGCCCCCCUUACUGUCAUGCCUAUUCUUGUAGCCACACACCAUGCUGAACUUCUCUUUAUGGAUGCUGAUGGAAAAUUCACUGUUCUGGUGCAGGGACACAGCAAGGGUGAGGUGUGGGGCCUGGACACUCACCCUAGCCUCAUGGAGGCAGUGACUGUAGGAGGUGACAAUACACUGCGAUGCUGGAAUCUGGAGGGUCAUGCUUUGGGCAGUGCCACCCUCAGGAAGACUGCACGAUGUCUUCACUUCCAUCCUAGUGGUUUAUUUCUGGUACUUGGCUACCUAGAUGGAAGUGUUGCCUUGUACCAGUAUCCUAGUCUGGAAAAGCAAGGAGCGAUACAUCACAGGUCUGAGGGAAUCUCUGAUAUCAGGUUCUCUCCAGAUGGUUGUUUUCUUGCUGUAGGUUCUCAUGAGUGUCUGGUUGAUAUUUAUGCAGUGAACAUAAGUGAGGAUGAUACAAGCAAGGAGGGAUCAAGUCUACAUAGAGUCGGCCAGUGCCAGGGUGCCUCCUCCUGGAUCACCCACCUCACCUGGCAUAAAGAUUCUAAACUCCUUCAAAUCAAUACAGGGGCUGGAGAGCAGUUGUUCUAUGAGGCUCCACAUGGUACCCAUCAGUUAAUUCCUGAGAACACCAAUACUGAACUGGCUUGGGCUUCACCACUAACGUGUCCCUUGGAUGCUACCGUUGAGGGUGUCUGGGCCCCACACAUGGACUUGACAGACAUUAAUGCAGUCGCUACAGCACACAACCUGCCUCUUGUAGCUACUGCUUCAGAUGAUCAGGGUCUGGUCAGCCUCUUCAGAUACCCAUGUCAGGGUGAGCAAAAGUGCCGUCAGUAUGGUGGUCACAGUGCGCAUGUCACUAAUGUGCGAUGGACAUAUGACGACUCAAAGUUGGUGACCACAGGUGGUGGGGACACCUCAGUCAUAGUAUGGGCACUCACACUCCGUGACCCACCCACAUCACCUCAUCUCCAAAAUGAUGCACAGGCCAUUAAUGGUCUGCCCAACGAAGAUAUGACAUUACUGGAUGUGGAGAGUGCUGGGCUGGAUGAUGACAUAGUAGUGAGAGCUGCCACUACUAGGGAGAGCAAGGCAUCUAAGACAGGCAAGACUCAGGCAGUGCAGCAUGGGUCAAACUUUGCCACUCACCUUAGGUCCAUGCCCACGCUCACCCCUGAUGAUAAGAUGGUGUUUUAUUGUAGUGGCUCCAUUGUGGGCAGACUUAAUGUAGCUGAAGGAGGUGAAGUGGAGGGUCAGAAUGUUGGGCAUGGGGACCACAAGUCGUUUGUAACAGCACUAACUGUCUCUCCUGCAGAACCAGUCAUGGUUGCCACUGCACAGUUGGGUAUGGCAGAGGAUACUCAGGAGGAUAAGGCAGAGUUUGCAUUGGUGCACGUGUGGUCGGCGAGCGACGGUUCCACUGCAGCCGUGCUCCGAGGUGGCCCUGAGGCCCUCAUCACCUCUCUAACAUUUUCACCAAGCGGGAGGUUCCUUGCCUCCCUUGCUGAUGCUUCCAUAGUACACGUCUUUAACUGGAUUAAAGGUGUACACAUUGGUCAUAUUGAGCUAAAGGCUGGGAUGGUGACAACAAUGGCUCACUCUAGUGAGACGACUUUGACUGUGCUGACGCCUCGCACAGUCCUCUUCUUGGACUUGGUGGGCAACUCUUUAGUUACAACACGAGGUCAUGUUACCCCUGACCUUCUCCCACGUGAUGUUGCCUUUAAUGGAUUGGGCGUAUCUCCAGAUGGUCAUGUAUAUGUAGGCUGCAAUGAUGGCAGCAUAGUAGAGUGGAAAGGGAGGACAGCAACUCGACGCGUUGCACCACCAGAUGACUCUGAAAUCAUAACCCCAGUUCGUAUGUCAAUUGCUGUGGGACAGGGUGCCAUCUUCACAGCAUGCAGACUAGACUCUGUGAUUGUCGUCCGGUGUUAUACAACAGACUCUGAUGAGCUGCGCUUCUUCUCGGAUUCUCACAUUACAGCACCAACCGGUAACUGGACUCCCAUCUCUGCUAGAUUAGGAGCAGCUCUGCUUGUUCUGGGAUCACGAAAAAAUCAUCCUUUUAUUAUUUUAGAUCUGAAGUCUGGAAAGUUUACUUUGAUAGAACAUGUUUGAAUAAGAACAAUUUUUUUUUUUUUUUUUCAACUUGAAAUCAUUUUGCUUAUAUGAGCUCUUUAGGUGCCUCUCUUGGGAGACGACCAACUUGUUGAAAAAAAAAAAAAAAAUAUUUAUAUCAUUGCAUAUAUUUAUAUAUAUCAUUGCAUCACAUUUGAAAUUUUUAAUGUAAAAAUAUUGUUUGAUUAUAAGAACACAUAUAAGACUUAAGGAUUAGCAUUGAAAGCAAUGCUUCUUGACAUGCUCUCUGUAUAGUCCUUGUGGCUUAGCGCUUCUUUUUGAUUAUAAUAAUAAUAAUUGACAUGCUCUGUCACUAUUUAGCAUUCUCAUAUUUAUAUGUAAUACGGUUCCUCAACCUGGAUCCACAUGCCAUGUGUGAGCCUCUUGUGUAUGUACUGUAUUUUCCUUCUACUUUUUUACUGUGUAAUUGUAAUUUUUUUGUGAAUAUGUCUAUAUAAUGCAUUAAAGCAAUAGAUAUCUCACCUGACCCCUUUUUCUUUAUGCUUACCUGUUACUGUAAACACAUGUCGA